AUGUCUGACGAAAACAUCUACCAAUUCGUGUCUUCCGACGGCAGAAGCCGCCACACGAUCAGUCUGAACGCAGUAAGGCAAAGUAUACAUUUCCGGGAAUGCGUCAACAACAAAGGUCCGUCCUUUUGGACAAGAAAAAUCGACGAGCCGCAUGUGAUUGAUGUGCGCGGAGAGAUCCUAAAUAAACUGAUCGAAUGGUGCCAGUAUCACAGCGGAGACGCUCAUGUCGAGAACGGAAGGCGUCGUCGUCGGACGUACAUUCUUUCCGUUUGGGAUCGAAAGUUCCUCGCAGGAAUCAAGACCAAUGUUCUCAUGAACGAAAUAUUCGAAGCGGCGUGCUCGUUGGGAAUACUAGGACUUGUUGAAAGGAUGGAGGAUUGGAUGGAAACCUUAGGAAAGCUGAUGCGGGAGGGCUCAAAUGCGAGAAAAGGUAAUAACGUAACUCGGAACUUAAAAUUGUUUAUACAUUAUUCGUCUAGGUACAGAAACGCAAUCCGCGCCAUUUGUCGUACGGAUUUGGCUUCCGGAGACGAUAAACUCAAGCUGAAUCAGAUUUACGGAGCACUCGCCUUCACGGAAGAUGAGGAGGUGGAAGAGGAUGAAGAGCAAAUGGAUGAGAACGAGGAGCCGAUGAUAAUAAUGGACGACUCGAUGGACAUUGACGUAUUCUAUGACGAAGAAGUCGGUGGACGGAAGCGACGAUCGGACACGGUGUCUGAGCGUCAGCAAAAGAUUUCGAGGUCUAGGUUCGAUAUGGACAUUGAUGGGUGA